GGCGGCGACCGUGCCCCACGGAAUCUCCUGCGCUCCUCCCGCCCCAGUUCCUGUGCCAGCGCCCCGGGGCCGCUGCCUCCAAAGUGACUGUUGCCUCGUAGCCUCCGCUGGGUCCGGGAACAUGAAGCUGCUGCCAUCGGUGGUGCUGAAGCUCUUUCUAGCUGCAGUGCUCUCGGCGUUGGUGACCGGAGAGAGCCUGGAGCGGCUUCGGAGAGGGCUGGCGGGUGGAACCAGCAACCUGGGAUCUCCCACUGACUCUACGGACCAGCUGCUGCCCCCCGGAGGCGACAGAGGCCGGGAAGUCCUGGACUUAGAAGAGGCCGACCUGGAUCUUUUCAGAGCUCCUUUCUCCUCCAAGCCACAAGCUCUGGCCACACCCAGCAAGGAAGAGCGUGGGAAAAGAAAGAAGAAAGGCAAGGGGUUGGGAAAGAAGAGAGACCCGUGUCUUAAGAAAUACAAGGACUUCUGCAUCCAUGGAGAAUGCAAAUAUGUGAAGGAGCUCCGGGCUCCAUCCUGCAUUUGCCACCUGGGUUACCACGGAGAGAGGUGCCAUGGGCUGAGUCUCCCGGUGGAAAAUCGCUUGUCUACUUAUGACCACACAACCAUCCUGGCUGUGGUGGCCGUGGUGCUGUCGUCUGUCUGUCUGCUCGUCAUUGUGGGGCUUCUCAUGUUUAGGUACCAUAGGAGAGGAGGUUAUGAUGUGGAAAAUGAAGAGAAAGUGAAGUUGGGCAUGACUACUUCCCACUGAGAGAGACCUGUGCUCAAGGAAUCAGCUGGGGACUGCUACCUCUGAGAAGACACAAACUGAUCACAGACUCUGCAGAGGGGAAGGGCUUCACAACCAGCCAUGAAGACUCCCUCAUCCCCAGUUGCCGUCUAGAUUGGGCCUCCCAGUAUUGCUUUAUCAGAGCCUUCAAGUGCCAAACAGAGUAUGUCCAAUGGGAUCUGGGUCAGGAGGAAGCAAAAGUGAGGGACCUUCAUGCUCUUCUGAUUCCCCUCCACCAAACCCCACUUAACCCUAUAAAGUUUGUUUAAACACUUGUCUUCUGGAUUAAGAUGCCAGUUAAUUCCAUAUGCUCCAGGAUCUUUGACUGAAAAAAAAAAAAAAGGAGAGGAAGAAGGAAAGAUUUGUGGACUGGGAGAAAGUAACAAAGAUUGAAAAGCCACGGACUCAAGUAGUCACCAAGGGAUCUGCCAUUUGGACCCUACAGCGCUGGAUUUGAUGAGCUAACUGUGAAAUACCACAAGCCUGAGAACUCUGAAUUUUGGGACUUCUACCCAAAUGGAAAAAUAACAACUAUUUUUUUUUUUGUUUGUUUGUAAAAUGCCUCUUAAAUUAUAUAUUUAUUUUAUUCUAUGUAUGUUAAUUUAUUUAGUUUUUAACAAUCUAACAAUAAUAUUUCAAGUGCCUAGACUGUUAACGUUGGCAAUUUCCUGGCCUUCUACCCCGCAUUCCCCUACCACUUGGCUCAGCAUCACUAUCUUCUGCCACAAAUCUGAGGUGGCUCUAUGACCCAUCUGUCAUCCAUUGUCUGUCCACAUUUCCACAGAUCUUCCACGAUCAGAGUGCCACAGGGGGCGGUCUGUAUGGUCAGGAUGUAGGAGUUAACUUUGUCAGAUCCACUCUAUGAGUUGGACUGCAGUCUUGCCUAGGCGAUUUUGUCUACCGUUUGUGUUUUGAAAGCCCAAGGUGCUGAUGUCAAAGUGUAACAGAUAUCGGUGUUUCCCCGUGUUCUCUCCCUGCCAAAUCUCAGAAGAGGUUGGGCUUCCAUGCUUGCAGCUUUCCUAACCCCCUACCCUCUAUAGCCUCAGGCCCACAGAGUGGGAUCUCACUCUCCCUUGUGUCAAGACAUUUCUCUUACUCCUGCCAUUCUUCUGGUGCUACUCCAAGAAGGGGUCAGUGCAGCAGGUGAUAAUCGAAAGAGGUAUUAGCGGGAAAAAAGGCUGAGGAGGAACAGGAAACAUUGGAGCUGACUGUUCCUGGUAAUUGAUAACCUAUCAAUUGCUACAGAGAAGAUUGGAGGUGAGGAUGGCUUUUGUGUGAACCCACCCACCUCACCAAAACUACGAACGUAUGCUUUCAUGGUCCCUUCUGGAAGUUUCUGGUGCCAUUUCUGAACUGUUACAACUAUAUUUCCAAAACUGGUUCAUAUUUGUACUUUGCAAUUCAAAUAAAGAUAACCCUUAUUCCAUA